AUGGGCUUCCGCUUGCCAAUCACUGUUCAAGCCAAGCAAGCAAAUCGACGAUCUCUCUUCAUAGUGCCCAAAGGCCAUGUUGCAGUCUAUAUAGGAGAAUCAAAAAGGAAACGUCAUGUUGUCCCAGUUUCAUAUUUGAACCAUCCACUUUUUCAAGAUUUUCUAAGCAAGGCAGAGAAAGAAUUCGGGUUUGAUCAUCCAAUGGGUGGUCUCACCAUUCCCUGUAGAGAGGAAGACUUCAUCCAUAUGACAUACAACUUGAAUUGCUCAAAGAAAGCAUUCCCUAAGAUCAUGGGCUUCCGCUUGCCAAUCAUUGUUCAAGCCAAGCAAGCAAAUCGACAGUCUCUCUCCAUAGUGCCCAAAGGCCAUGUUGCAGUCUAUGUAGGAGAAUUAGAUAGGAAACGUCAUGUGGUCCCAGUUUCAUAUUUGAACCAUCCUCUUUUUCAAGAUUUGCUAAGCAAGGCAGAAGAAGAAUCCGGGUUUGAUCAUCCAAUAGGUGGUCUCACCAUCCCUUGUAGCGAGUAA